CGGCCUGGCGGCAGGAUGAGCAGGUUCCUCUGCGUGCUGCGCAGCUGGCUGCUCAUGGUGUCCGUCAUCGCCGCCGGGAACACCCUGCAGUGCUUCCGCGACUACAGCUUCGUCUCUGAGAAGCUCUACACCGCCAGCCCCGGCCUCGUGAACGGGCUGCAGGCCCGGACGUUUGGCGUCUGGACCCUGCUGUCCUCCGUGGUCCGCUGCCUCUGCGCCCUGGACAUCCGCAACCAGACCCUCUACUACAUCACACUCUUCACCUUCGUUGUGGCCCUUGCUCACUUCCUCUCAGAGGUCUUCAUUUACCACACUGCAGCCUUGACAAUGGGAAUUAUGGCACCCCUCAUGGUAGCGAGUUUCUCUAUCCUGGGGAUGUUGAUCGGGCUGCAGUACCUGGAGGUAGAAGCGCAGUCACAAAACAAGAAGAAAAACUGAGACCAAGUGUCUUGUCCAGGUCAGCAUUGGCUCCUGUCUUCACUGCCAGAUUUUGACUGGAGCUCUGCUGAACUCCCCCAGGACACCAGUCCCACCAGCAGAUCGAUGUUGGACUCUGUCAAUCAUUCAUUGCUGAGUUUUUUCAUGUCCAGGCAACACUUUGACUGACCAGUGCCAACAAUCAGGCCCCAGAGGAGUUCACGCCAAAGCUUGCUGGGGGCGUUUGGUGAGUGCCUCCCUGAGGGAUGGCAGGGAACGUCUCUGGCAUGCCCAGUGCACUAAGGACUGUGCUCCCCAUGCACUUGUGGGGAGGAGGUGUAGAGCCACCUGGGAUCCACUGACCAUGUAGACGGGAAAGAGGGAUAAUGUGCUGCCCCUGGCACUGCUGUGUGACUUGCAUGUGCAUGUUCUACAGGGGCUGUUUCUAAUAAAUGACAGAAAACUGCA